AUGUCCACAUCCACAGAUUCCCUACAGGUUCAAAACCAAGUGCUAUUGCCAGUGAUCAACUACCAGGAUCCUCAUUUAAAUAAUGAUGGCUCAGCACCUCAGAUCUCAGUCACAGCACUGUCUCAGGAUGAAGACAAAUUAGUCGACAUGAUCCAACAAGGCCAACGGGGACGUAUGGAAGAUCAGCGCUGUCAGUUUACACCCAGCAAAAGUGCUCCAACCACACCUCGAACCGAUCAGAGAAAGCCGCUUCCAAACUUGGGGAUGGAGACUGAGUCCUUUCUGAGCGUCUUGGCCAGUUCUCAGAGUCGCCGCCUUGAUGAUCAAAGAGUGUUUCUUCCCUCAUUACCAGGAUUAGCUAACAAAAAAGAAGAAUCCAACUCUAAUUCAAAUCCAGAAUCAAACUAUCUUUGUUAUAUGGUUUCAAAAGUACAGGGAAGUAGAAUGGAUGACCAAAGGUGCUCUCUGCCACAAAUUACAACUUUAUCCCCAAAUGGUUCGGAUCGUGCAAGGUCUGCCUCUUGUACAAAUGCAGACAUCUAUUCCCCCGGCAAGAGUCCACAGGACACCAAUCCAGCGGAGGAGGAUGGUUUCUAUAAAAUGAUUAGUCAAGCACAACAUCGAAGGAUGGAUGAUCAACGUUGUGAACUGAAACCUACGCCUAAGCCUUCUCGCAAACAAUCAAUGCCAGAACCAUUACCAAACAAUUCUGAUGGGUUCUUUAAUCAACUUGCCGCAUCUCAAAGUCGCCGCCUUGAUGACCAGCGGGUGUCUCUCCCAUCAUUACCAGGGAUUCAGAACGGAGGGCAAAAGAUGAGUGCAUCAGAAAAUGAAGCAAAUUACCUCUGCUACAUGGUGUCCAAAGCACAGGGCUCCAGGAUGGACGAGCAGAGAUGUUCUGCACCCUUCAUCUCGCAGAACAUGAGCCCUUCUUUUCAGCGUAAAGACUCCAACAAAGAUCUUCAGAGAUCUUCCUCCCUAAACCGUUCCACAUCUGGCAAGCAGGAAAAGCAGGAAAUUACAGGCGUUCAAGAGGAACAGUUUCUUAAAAUAAUGAAACAUGCCCAAAAGGGGCGAAUGGAAGAGCAGCGGUGUUCUCUCCCAAUCAGCAGACCUGCCUCACCGUCACACAAUGGAAAUGCCAUAAAUAAUAUAGCUGCAGGUGGAAAAACAGAUGCCCGAAGUCAAGCAAAGCAGGCAGAUAAGCGUGUUGCAGAUUCCCCUAAAACCGCGCCACUGAUAACUGUGACACAGAGCACUCCGACUACAUCAAAGAAGGAAUUCACAAGACCUUUGUCCAUGCCUCCGGUAGAGCAGGCUUCCCCAAGGCCCUUCCCCAAAUCUGCCUCAUAUGGUCAAGAGGCCUCACCAGCGCAGGUCACAGUUCGAGUGUCUAUGAGCUUCUCAUCCUUACAGGGACAAAUGGAUCUUGACCAGCCCAGUAGCUUCCCAGAACUCUUCUUGACUCUCGGAGCACCAGGAGAUAACCUAAUGAUUCCUCUGAGUCCAAUGCCUGGACGACGGCUUUCCCUCAGCCUCAACCUCAUCCCGAAAGAUGAGGCAGACACUGAAGAAACUUCUAACCACCCAGGCCCUUGGAAUUCACACUCGGGGCCACCCUCUCCUGCAGUCAGAGUGCACAGCCAUUCACCUCCAAGCCCCAAUGUGAAGGCUGCCAAAAAGGGCAAUAAAUUAAAGGGUAAAACAAAGGAUAAGGCCACUCAUGACAAAGGGAAGAAGGCCAAGAAAGAUAAGAGAUAA